CUCUCCCGACCGAUUGGACUUUACAAGUCGAGUUCUUCCUCUCCUUCCAACUUUCUUACAUCCCCCGGAACCGCAUCGUUCAAGUUACGUUCACUCUUCGCCAUCCGACUUUUUGACAAAUCCAGAAAAUCCAAUGGAAACGGCGAUCAUGUCGCGGGCUGAGGUGGAAACGCCUGUUGCGCCUCUUCUGUCAACGACGCUCGCUGAGCAGGUGGCUGCUGUGGCCUCCACAACCACUCCCACUUCCGUCGCCGAACCGGCCGAGGAUACGACGGGCGUCUCCGGUCAUGUGGAAGCUACAUCCUCUGAGGAGUUGGUCACCAAUGACGACGGUAAAAACUGUGACGCGGCCAAGUCUCCUGUUGAGACGAAGGAGCUGCCCUCAGUCGUGUCGUAUCACCAAAAUGCGGAGCUGUACCUCCAGGUCCGCGACUCGGCGGACACUUUUAUUCAAUGCAAGGUCGUAUCUGCCCUCAUCGUCGCGGCAUCUCCGAAAUUGAGCGAUCUUCUUGACAACUUCAAGCCCAUCAAAGGUGCCGACGGUAAGUUGAUUGUUCAACUCGCCGAUGGAGCCGACAGCUACUACGGCAUCAACGUUGUGCUUUCGAUCAUUCAUUACAAGUUUCAUGAGAUUCCGGACCGCCCCGACAUCGAUCAGCUCUACUCCAUCGCCCAAGUCGUGGAAAAGUAUGACUGCGCUCAUCUUCUCCUCCCUUACAUGGGGAAAUGGGUGGCUGGCCUCGACUGGCACCUCGUCAUGAAGGGUGAUGACAACGACGAUGACAAAACGCUGUUUCUCACCUGGGCGUUUGGCGAAGGCCGCUGGUUUACCCGCAUGCUCUCCAAGGCGGCACACAAGGCCACUCUCGCCGACGAUGGAACUCUGCUUGAUGCUUGCGGUCAACCUUGGGAAGAUCAGGGUCUUCCCCCGAACAUUCUUGAGUUGAUCAAGCAGACCCGGUAUGAAUGCCUGAAAAAGAUUGUGCGCGCUAUCGGCGAGCCUCUCCAGGGACUCAUGAGCGGCGACAACGAGACCUUGGAUUAUUGCCGUUCCAAAGACGGGGAUAUGGGACUGAAGCAGGCGUGCCAGCACUUGCAGCUAGGCUCACUGAUGACCAGCCUCGCGACCGCUCGUCUCCUACCGUUCCCGGCAGCCAAAGAGUACAAAGGCAGUGUUGCAGACUUAGCAAAGAUGGUGCGGGCCAUCAAGGUGUCUCGAUUCAAGCUUCCGGGAAUCCCUCCUCAUCUUGACAGCCAUACCAGCUGCGGCAUUGAUUACGAGGAGGUGGUUGACGGCGUCAUGCGCGAGAAGGUUCGGCUUACCGUUGACAUCGUCAAUCAGCUCAAGCUCCAUGCCCAGAAAUGUGGCGCUGUCGGUCCUGAAACUUUCCAGGAUCUCGAGCAUCUGGAUGGCGAGGUCGCCAGCUCAGAGUCAAUUCUCAAAAGCCUGCGCCUGAACCCUGUCCAUUUUACACAGGUCUUGGACACCGAGUCUCAUUUGGAGUCAUUCAAAGAGGGCGACGAUGCGGAUAUCACGACGGAGCGUUCAGAGGAGUAAGCGACUGUGGGAUCCAUGAGAAAGGGUGGCUUUCUUGUUUGAUGUGUGGGUGAGCGCUUGUGGGCAUCAGUCUCGGGACGGAUUUGAUGGACAUCUGGCAGUUGAGUGGAUGCUUCUACCAUGCUGUGCAACUUUCAC